CCCUUAAAAAAAAAAAAACCACCCUAGUAAUCGCGCGUGGGAGCUGCAUCUUCAACUGCCAGCAUAAACCCUAAACCUCCAUUUUUUUCAUACACCAAAACCUCAAAUACCCGAAAAGAAAAUAAGAAGACUUGAAUUAAACCCAAAAUCAUCAACAAUGGCUAACCAAGACGACGAUAUAUCAGGUGUGGAAGCCAUAAACAAGCUUAAAGCAACAGACCCACCAUUAUUUCUCGCACCAAAUUCCGACCUUUCUCUCUCCUCCCGCAUAGCCUUGAAACAUCUCUUUGCUUCCAUUAAACCAUACUCUCUCAAAUCACCUUUUGACAAGCUUUUUACAGAUGGUUUUGAUGCCGAGCAAAUUUGGCAGCAAAUUGACCUCCAGUCUCAACCUCUGAUUACCUCUCUCAAACGAGAAAUUAAGCGAUUUGAGAAAAACCCAGACCAACUUUUGAAUCUUUUUGGGGUUUCUGAGGCCAAUGGGGUGUUAGAGAGAGGAAUUAAGGAAAAUGGGGAGGUGGGUUUGGGGGAAGAUAGUGAGGAAUUUGAAGGGUUGAGUGAUGAGGAUGAGGAUGAAGACGAAGAUGAAGAUGAGGAGAGAGAAAAUGGGGAGUUUGAGGAAGAAGAAGACGAGGACGAUGAAAGUGAGGAGGAUGAGGAUGAGGAGUUGGAAGAUGAUGGUGAUGGGGUGCCAGAGGUUGAAGAUGAUUUUUUGAAGAUUAAGGAUUUGGAGAAGUAUUUGGUGAAGGAGGAGGAAAGAGAAUACGGGUCGGCGGAGAAGAAGAGUAAGAAGAACAAGAAGCAGAAAAAAGGGGAUGCUAAUGUUGAUGAUGAAGAUGAAGAGGAUGAGGAUGGAGAGGAAAAUGAUGAUGAGCUUCUCAUGUAUGGCGGAGAUGGCGGUGAUGAGUCAGACGAUAACAUCAGAUAUCAAGACUUCUUUGUUCCUAAGAAGAAAUUGCCACAAAGUAAACAAAAACGAGUAGACAAAUCAGAUGACUCAGAGAUGGAGGAUGUAACUGUUGAUGAUUCUGAUGAUUCAGAGAUGGAGGAAGAAGAUGAUGAUUCUGAUAAUUCAGAAUUGAAAGAUGAUAAUGAGAAGCAGAAAAAGGGAAAUCUGUCUACUUACGAGAAGGAGCGUGAAAAAAUACAAGCCAAAAUAGAACAGAUGGAAGCAGAAAACAUGGCUCCAAAAGAUUGGACUAUGCAGGGAGAGGUAUCUGCAUCCAAGAGGCCAAUAGAUAGUGCAUUGGAAGUAGACCUGGAUUUUGAGCACAAUGUAAGACCUCCUCCUGUUAUAACAGAAGAGGUGACAGCAUCUCUUGAAGAAAUUAUAAAGAAAAGAAUACUUGAGGGACAUUUCGACGAUGUUCAAAGGGCUCCUAAACUGCCAUCUGCAGCACCUAAGGAAACUAAAGAGCUGGAUGAUAAAAAGAGCAAGAAAGGCCUUGCUGAAAUUUAUGAGGACGAAUAUGCUCAACAGACUGGCUUUGACUCUGCGUCCUUAUCAUUUAAUGAUGAAUUGAAAAAGGAGGCAAGCGAUCUAUUCAAAAGAUUGUGCCUAAAGCUGGAUGCACUUUCCCACUUUCACUUUGCUCCUAAGCCGGUUGUGGAGGACAUGUCUAUUCAAACAAAUGUUCCUGCUUUAGCCAUGGAAGAGAUAGCGCCCAUAGCUAAGUCAGAUGCAGCUAUGCUUGCCCCUGAGGAAGUGUUUGCCGGUAAAGGAGAUAUCAAAGAGGAAAAUGAGUUGACAAAAGACGACAGGAAGAAGAGGAGAGCCAAGAAGAAGAGGAAGUUUAAAGCUAUAAAUGCAAAAAAAGUAGCAAUUCGAGUACCUGAGAAACCAACAGAAACUCUUACGGAAGGCAAAGAGCAGUAAUUUUACUCAAAGUUGAAGAUGUCGUCCAUUAAGAUGUGGACAUGUCUCAACAGUCCAUCAAACUUGCCAGACAUGAAUUGAUGGCAUUUCUCAACUAACUGAAGCCACAACCCUAGCGUUUCAGCUGUACAAGAGUAGAAAUUCAUGGACUAUAAAUCAUUUUUGUCAAAAGCUUCGUGCUUAAUUUUGGAGGAUUUUGUUUUUUUGGGGGGUCAUACUCCAGGAAUGUAUUCAUAGAUCAUCCUUUCUUAGUUAUUUUAAUCACAUGUAUAAGCUGACAUUUUUUUAACUCUAUACGACCAUAUAUCUCAUAAAUUUUCUCCCUCUGA